AUGGCGCAGACGAGUCCCAAAGGAUCUAGCAGCUCUAAGAGGGACCUCUUAUCACUAAAGGAUAUAUUGACAGUGUUCAAUAACCCUAUAAAUGAGGACCAAGCAUGGGCUGUGUGUCAUCAGUGUGCUCAGUUUUUCCAAACAACAUCGGAUCGUUCAAAAUACCGGGAAUUUUACAAGCAUGGAGCCCGGGCCAUUCGUAUAAGACCCGGUGGGGAAAUUGUGAUAGAAGUUUCUGAAUGUGACAUAAGUUUCGGAUCAGGGAAGGGCCCGCCGUUGCAACGGCGGAAUUCUGUAACAGGGAAGGACAUCAAGGUUGUAACGGAGAGUGAUGCAGUACAGGGACUCGGACUUGUUAUCUACCAGGCCCUCGAUUAUGGAAUGGGGGCAGCGGAGGAACGUCACCUCAGCCUCGAAUUGGAAGGUCUUGUGGAGUUCAUGACAAAUCCAGACGGGGAUGAGGAAGACGCAUCAACAGCUGAUGAUGAAGGCAUUGAGAAGGACGCGAAGGAAAAUGGUCUCUUCCCGGACGUCCUUGCUAUCUGUGAGCAGCACCUGUCCAAUGAAGUUAACCCAGGAAACCAUUAUCGAGCGGUGUGUCGCGCACUUGUUGCAGAGGCCCAGGAACUUUGCUCUUUCUUGGAACAAAUUUCCACUGGGAAAGAGAGCCUGCAGGCAAAUGAAGAUGAUGGUCUCACAUUGUUGGAGGAUUUACAAAGGAACGACUGGGCGAGGCUAUGGGUACAGAUAAUGAAGCAACUACGCCACGGGGUGAGGUUAAAAAGUGUGCAACACACUAACCUUACCCCAAGAGAAUAUGAACUGACGCCAUUCGAGGUUUUACUCGAGGACAUACGUACAAGGAGAUACAACCUCCGAAAGACUCUGGUAAAUGGUGACAUUCCACCUAAGGUGAAAAGAGAUGCGCAUGCUGUGAUUCUUGAAUUCAUUCGAUCUCGCCCCCCUCUACAUUCCGUAAAAGACAGGAUAUUAAAAUCUCCCCCUAAACGGGAACUGGAUCCUGUUGAACUUUUACUUCGAGACAUUCGUCAACAACCCAAGUUACGACCAGUGAAGGAUGGCAAACUUCUAGUGGAAACGUCAAGAACAAAACUACAUAACGACGAUGAUGCAGAAAGUCCUCUUCCUGUCCGAAAGGUCAUCAAGCCAGACUUCAAUCUUCUACGUAAUUUUGAGGAUGACACAGAUGAAUCUGAGUGUAGUCUACAGUCAUCACGACGAUCCAGUGUGGCGUCACCAUCACCGGAAAGAGAAAUGCGUCUGUGGCAACGAGCUGUGGUACGUGACUUGGCUACCACUCAGAGCAGACCUGUGAUACUCCAGCGUAGGAAUACCAUAACGGUGUGUGAGUCGCCUGUACAGGUAUAUCCCACCAGCACCCCACAAUCCCCGAUCUUGGAGGAGAUUGAUGAGGAGAAUGCACCUCCACACAAAGGGCCCUCUAUAAAGUCUCCAUCAAAUUCGCAUGAUAAUACUGUGAAAAAAGUUCGACGUCAGUCGGCAGUUUGUAAAUCGCAUGUGUCUGCCAAUGACGUUCGACAAAGACUGAGUUUAAAACUGCAUGGUAACACUCCAGCAUCAUGCAUGUCAUCUCAUGACAGGGUGCAUGGUAGAGCCCAUCUUUCUUCACAGUCCUCCGGGAGUUCUGAGGACUUGCUGUCAGAAUCAUCAUCGCAGUCGUCACCACGGAUGAGAAAAAUCAGUGAGCCAUUAAUGAGGCCUAAUCCUCAGAAAGUGCAAAGGUCAGUGAGUGUGAGUGAUAUUGCAGGAAGUAGACCUCAGCCGAUGACGAGGUCAAGAACAAUGCCUAAAGUCAGUAGCGAAUCGGAGAAAAAUGAACAAUCUGCCAUUUCCGAUGAGAGAGUCAGGCCUGUUCCACGACCCCGCCCAGUUCCGGCACCUCGGUUGAGUCGUAGUUCGUCACCCAAAACUGUCCAGGGUCUAACCUCUCCGGCAUUAGUGCCAACAAAGGAUGGUGAAAACUCCCUGUCUCCGAUAGUGUCACAGCGAGAUGCUUCUCCAACUCCAACUAGACGAGAAACUUCCCCCAAACCAAUCAAACGACAACGAUCUUCUGUGCACAGAUCGUCAACUCAGACAGAGCAUCGCAGAAAUAGACUGAAUUCCUCUGAGGAGGAACAACUCUCUGUAUCAAGCUCUGAAAAGACAUUAGAACAAAGGCAUAGAUCAUCAGAACGAAGGCAGCGUUCUUCAGAACAGAGGCAGCGUUCAUCAGAACGUAAACAGAGUUCAUCCGAACAACGGCAGCGUUCUUCAGAGCGUAGACAGCAUUCUGAAAAGAACCAAAUCACAGAUGCUAAAUAUUUAGAACGUAAACAGCGAAGAGCUGAACAUCGAGAUCGAACAGCUGUUGACAUGAGCUCAGAAUUGAGUUCUGCCCCCUCUACGCCUUCUACCUCCACCUCCUCUUCUGUGGCAUCAACUCCAUCUCAUGUCUCCCCUGACCCCUCCCCAAAACCCAGCCCCACUCCCCGACCUCGUAUCCAGCGCUCUGCCAGUCACCAUAUAAAACGUCAGAUGACCAUCUCAGGUGGUCCUGUGCCCAUUGCAGACAUUGAUCAAACAAUGCCACGAGCAAAGGAUUCUACUGUUGAUACUCCAAAGAUUUCAAUUCGAAAGGAAUCAUCUCCAGAAUUUAAAAGAACGACGUCUAAAACAGAUUCUGAUAUGGUCAGCCAGAGAGUUCCUCGCAGAUCAGAUUCAUCACGUGCCCCACGCCCCAUGAGCCUGAUAGAGGCAGACGAUCGUCGUGCUAUCAUACAAGAAGCAGGGGAAACAAGUCUCCAAACUAACGGUGCAUCCAGUUUCUCAUCACUUGAUGUACGAGAUCUGCUGAAUGUAAGUUCAAGGAUGAGGUCCUCUGUUGCUGGUGAGGACCCUGCUUCUACUACUAACUGUAAUGGUAGUCCUGCACCUAGCUCCCAUCCAUCUUCUGCUGUGCCUGCGGCAGCCGGCUCUAUGUCUCAAGUUUUGAUCAAGAAAUGGUCACAUCCCAUUGAAUGUCUGUCUUUGACUCUUGAGGAGGUCACACACAUUCGCACAGUUCUGACCAAGGCUGACCUUGAGUCUGCCAUCACACAGAAGGACCUAUACACAUUACUGGCUAAAGGCAAAAUUUGUUUUACAUGUAAAGAAGUGAAGUUCUCUAUGUUUGGACAGUGGGGAACUCGGUGUAAGAUAUGUAAACGAAACGUCUGCAAUAACUGUCUCCGUAAAAUGAAUGUGCCAACAGAACACUUUGAGAACAUCCCCGUACAUACUCUCAGUCCCAUACCUCUCAGUCCAGAGACCCUGGACAUCAUCAGGGCAUAUGAAAGUACUGGGUCAGUUCCUCACUCACCAAAUUUACAACGCAAACAACAACAAAAACUAGAAACUAAAUCUGUUAAACCAAAAACACUUCAACGUGCCAACACAUUUACUGCAAACCAGGGUCCAGCCAUGCUACCCAACAAGAAUCUCCUGAAGGGCCCUCAGAUGAACAUUUGUCGAGAUUGUAAAGGAAUGAUCAUGGAGAUCAUCAGGACAAGUCGAACCUCGAUAGCACUUAUAAACCAGGGGAAGGAACUCCCCAAAAAAUCAGAGAGUUCAGGCUCUGAGGAUGAAAGAAGUGGCAUGAAUCUCUCUUCACUGUCUCUUAAUGUGAAACAUUUCUUUUCUCCAACAAAAGAGUGAUGUGUCAGUCAGUGUUUAGGAUAACCUGGUACUAGUGUUUUUACAGUGAUGUGAAUCAACUUUUUUCACCAUGGAUGCAAUAUUCUAUAUGGAGAAAAAGACUGAACAGACAUUCCCUGAGUUCUUCAGAAUGACAACUUGUAUGUUUCCUAUAAUUUCGACAAAGCUGAAGAAAAAUUCAGAAACAAAAUUUUUGAACUUACCAACUGUAACUUACUGAAGUCUUCAAGAUUUUUCAGAUAAAGAUCUAUCUUGGUAAUAUGGAACAAAGGAGAGAGUCAUAUUUACCUGGAGUGUUUUAUUUCUCUCUUUUUUUUAAGAAAGUGUAGAGAGUCAUAAUUGUUGGAAUUUUUGAGAGCCAUUUAAAAUAAAUGAACCUUUGUUGUUGUUGUUGAAGAACAAAUUUUGAAUAUAAACAGAGAAAAUUGACAACCUAAUUUUAAAUAGCCUACGUGACACCUUGUCAGUUUUAGUCAUCUUCAUGUGUCUCUGUAUCCCUGCCCAAUGUGUUGAUUUGAAGUUAUAAAUAAGAUACAAAAUGAUCAUUGUAGCCUUGUGGUGUUCUCGUAGAUCUGAAAACUUACUCAUUGUAGAUCUUAUCCAGGUUCUGUUUACACAAAAUUUUAUUUUUAAUAAAUUUUUAUUUUAAUUUGAAUUUUUCAGGAAAUAAAUAUUGGAUUUUGCAGCUUUUUGAUUUUAAAACUUAUUGUUUUAUGCUAAGAGUGUAUAUAAUUAUAUAUAUGAAUGUUUUCUUUUCCCCCAUUUUUUUCUUCUUGCUCUCUGCUGGUCAUGUUUCUUCAACAAAACAUAAUAUGUGCAAAAUAUUUUACAAGGUUGGGUUUCACAAGAACAAGUUUUAUGCGUCCUAAUGUCAAGGUCGCUUGUGUCAACACUUAUAUGAAAACAUCACAAAAAAUUCAUGGUAUAGAAUGCAUAAUAAAUAAAGUGUAAAGAAAUCAGUAUGUGAUUUAGCCAUCAGAGAGCAUAAUCAAGAGGCACUAUUCACAUCUGUUAUUUAACUUUAUAGAUGAAUGAUAUGCCUAUUUUAUUUUAAAAUAAUUUGGUAAUUCAGAUUUAAAUGAAAAUAUAUGAAAUCUGAAGGCAAUCUUUAACAAUUUUUUUUCAUAAAUCAAAUCAUUUUUCCACCAGCUUAAAUUCUCAGAUUUUCAUUUGGUAAUAUUCAUGACUGUGUCAAAGGAAUACCAGUUCAGUUAUAUGAUGGAGUGCCAUAUCUGAAUUUAAAUUUAAAACAGUUUGCAAAAAUAAUUUUUUGUCUGUUUUUUCGAAAUGCUUAAAAAUUCCAACAGGUUUUAAAAAAAACAUUCAGUGUGUGAAAUGAACUAGGGAUUUAUUAUGUAGAUUUAUGUAAGAUGUUAAUUGAUAUUUAUUGUGUUCAGUUGAUAGUGAUAGAUUGAAGUGAUGUUGUAAGAAUAUAUCAAAUUAGAAAUAUAUGAAGAGUCAGGAGGGAAAGUGAAAAUACAUGUACAUCUGACUGGAAAGUUGAGUGUGUAAAGCAUAAUGGAUGCAAACAUCUCGCUGCGAUAAUAGAGGUUUUAAUGGUGUUUUGAAAGUAAGUGUAAUUGUUUAGUAAAUUAUAUCAAACUUGAUAGUCAUGAGUAAUUUUAUAGGAAAUUUAAUUGUGUUUGGCAUAUAACGGAGUCUUAAUAUAUCAAUUAGAAGUUUACUACUAAUUUAAUGUGUACUGGAGUUACUUCCCUUUGUUCACUCUCUCGGCUGGGGUAGUGAUACGCUUUGAAGCAGAGGAAGCCAAGAAUGGGGCAACAGUGAACAGACCAGACUUAAAAAGUGUGUGUAUAAAUGGUUAUUUAAUAUAAAACUAGGCAGAUCUGUGUGAGAUUUGAGUGGAUUUUAAUAAAAAUGCAUGUGAGGGAGGAGUGGGGAUGGUUAUGAUAAGAUUCAAUAAGAAGGGGAAAUGAGUAUGAGAAAAGAAAGAAAAAAUAGAUGUCAAGAAUUAGUUUGUAGUUGUGGAGUUUGAUAGAUAUGAUAUGGAAGAUAUAAGGGGUUAGAAAAGUUAAAUUAUGUUUGUAUAGGUAAAUGUAAUGUUGAUUUCACUAUUCUUGUUUCUCUGUACAUAUAUACAUAGUCAGAACUAUUCCAUUGUUUUACCGUUGUGGUGCUGUAUGAGACAAUAUUCUGUGAUUCUGUCAUUCUUUGUGUAUAAAUUUCACCCAACUACAUCACUCUGAUGAAAGAAAUGUAGUUGAUGUUCCCAAACCUUAUAGUCAUUGUUUUUGUGUGUUUCAGAGAAUAAACCCAGGUUGUAUGCCAAUGUGAUAUUAUUGAACACAACACAAACUCUAACCUUUGUGAUGUGAUCUGGUACCACAACCCCAUUGUUUUAUAUUAGCUUUAUCCUUGAAUUAGGAAUUGAACCUGCACAGCUUUGCCAAGAUGUUGACACGUUGUAGUGUUGAUGUUGAAACAGUGACUUUAUAAUCAAGAAUUCAAUUUUGAUGAAGCCCAGUAUGUUAAACUGUACUUUACAGUUUGGCACUGUAGAGCUGGUCUUGUCGUGUAUUUUAAUAUCACAUCCAGAUAGCCUUUACAAAUCAGAUAGCUUUUUUUUUCUCCUGACAAAUCUUUUUUAAAAAGAUUGUAGUUGAUACAUACAGGUUUGCCAUGUUUCAUUGCCCACCAGCUGUUCACCAUGGAGUCAGCAGGUUUUAUGAUAAAGACCCUAUUUAUUUGUGAUUUUUCAAUGGCAUUAAUGUAAACAUGACACCAUUUUUUGUAAGCUGUUGUAUUAACAUUCCUUGUUCAAUACGAAAUGUAUACAGCCAGACUUUUCAAUGUUUUAGAUAGGUGGUUAGAUAAUAUAUAUGCAAAGUGAAAGUACAUUAAAAUGGCACUACAUAAAUAAACUAUGGCAAACAGAAGGGGCAGUUCUAAUACUUGAUAAGCACACUUUUUUUUUUAUAGAAUUAAACCAGGGUUUCUAGCCUUCAUGAAGAUUUGGGUGCAUUGAAAGGUGAAGCUAGGACCUGUGAUUAAAUAUGCAAAAUGAAAAUUCAUUGGUCAAGUAAGUUGUUGUUUGUAGAUAUUUUUACUGUUAAACAGACUGGAUAUUUUUACUGUUGAUCAUAGUCCAACUCCAUACUGAGUAGUGCUGAAGUGAAAUGCAGGUUGUUGAGAUAUUUCAAAGUUUAUUUAUUUUGAAGAAAAGAUGUGUUUUGAGCCAAUGAAGUUAGUCUUAUUACUAUUUUUUGUGUCACAAAUUAACCAUAGUUCUCGAAAAUGAAGUGAAAAAUUAUGGAGCCGUUACCACCUGAUUCAAACACCUAUAAAACAUGUACGAGGGUAUGUCUCACAUCGCAACAAUGUUUAAGUUUUUAUCAAAAUAAUGAUCAAGCAGAGAUAAAAUUUAGUUUAUAUAUUGUUAGAAUUCAUUCAAAGUUGUGAACAAAAUUUCAUGUGUUUAUUAAGAGAGAACGUAUACAAAAUGCGUAAGAGAAAUGAUUUGCAAUCGUGUAUAGAUAGAAUAAUCAUUGAUCCAAUUUUGAGGUACAGUAACAAUUCUGUAUUGUAGCUAUGUAGGAUUCUUGAAGCUGUGAGAAAAAGAAAAUAUGCAUGUAAUGCAAGUCUUUUCCAGAUUGCUGUUAGAUGAUGGGAAGUUGUAACUAUUGUGAUAUCUCAAUUAGUAGAACAAACUUGUUGCUUGAUAUGUCUGUACUUGUCAGUUGUGAAUCUCAAAUUAUUCAAUUCCGAAGAUAAUAUUCUUAUUAUGAAUAGGUAUCAUUUUUUUUUAUUCUAUUGUAGAGCCUAUAAUCAAAUAUUUCAGCUACUCUCAGUACUGAUGAAUAUUAGAAAUGGUAUUAUUUGAAACUGAUAUUAAUGAACAAACUGCAAGCUGUUGUCGAUCAAAGCAUUUCAUUUGUUUAGUUUUUUGUAAUUUUAUAGACUGAAUUGAAUAAUUGUCUCAACUCUAACCUUUUGUUCAUAGGUAAUUUGAAGUAAAAGUCAUAAGCAUAUACAUCUUGUAAAUAUAUAUUAUAAGAUACCCAUCAGUAAAUAAGAUCGUUACCCACCAGUCUUAGUAUGAAUGUAUCUUUUAACUUAUUAAAUCACAAAUCUAGAUUUUUGUUUAGAAUAGACAUAUUUUCCAUCUAAUUCACACAAUUUCAUAGCAAAUUUAAAGAAAUAGUCAUUUAUUUAUUUUCAUAUUUGAUGAAUGUUGAUUUUGGAAUGUUGAGCGUUGGGUUUCUUACAACCCAGUUUGAUUUCAUUCAGUUUUUUAGCCCUCCUCUCUCUGUAGUUUCAUCAUAAUUUUUGAGUCAUAUUAAAACUGAAUAAAAACAUAGCUAUUUAUUUGAUUCAACAUACAUAAUGUAUAAACAUAUAUUGAAAUUUGUUGAAGUUUUGAUGGUCUGUGGUAAAUGGACUAUAUAUUAAUCAUUUUGAUCAUGCCCACUUGUUACUGAUCACGCCCACUCUGUAUCAUUAAGGUAAGAUGACAAACGUACAGAAAGAAUAAAAAGCAAUAAAAUCCCUGUAAAUAGUUCACAAGUGUCACCUGGAUCUUCAAUUGUAUGUCAAAUAUUACUGACACUUGUAUUUAUCCUUCUGCAAUUCUUGCAAUUUCACGAAAAAUUUUAUGACUUCAAACUUUGAGAAUGAAGGUUUAAACAUCUACUUUCUUGACACAUAAUGUUCUUGUAUUUCAUCCUGUGCUAUUUUUUCACCUCACAAAAAAUCUGACGUAGGAAACUUCAAAUUUGGAGAUCUAUGUUUAAACUUACUUUCUUGAUACUUGAAUUUCAUUCUUCUGAAAUUUUUUCAUUUCACAGAAAUCUGACAAACAUAAUUUAAACUUAUAAAACUGAGGUUUAUUACAUACAUGUCUUAAAGUGGUCUGAUGGAUAUUUACCAUCUUAAACACUCAUAGUGAUAUUUUUUCACUUUAUUUCAUUUCUCCACAAAUUUUCAUACCAAAUCUCUGCAUGAAAUGUUGUUUGGGUGUCGAUCAUCCACUCCGUUGGUUUUACCUGAUGUACCAUGUAGAAAGGUAGUGGCCGUUUUGUAUUGUAGGUCUUUUUUUUUUUUUUUUUUUUUAAUCUGAAAUCAAUACAUACCCACACCACAUGAAAUAAAAUAAAAGAAAACAC